UAGACAAAUGCAUUUAUUGCUUCCAAAAUAGUAUUUAAAGUGAUAGGAGUGCCAAGAUGGAGGCACGGUGGCUUCAAAGCGUCGUCCCGUCAGUCAAAUAGUGUAUAUAUAAAUCAUUGGUUGGGAGAGGCAAGAAGCUAGUAUUAGUCUAUUUUUCCCGGUUGUUUACAACAAUAUAGCCUAGAAAAUAUUUGUGUAAACACUAGCUACAUGCGAUGUAUACUGGCAUCAUCAUAUUUUGUGGAGGAACUUUGACGGUGAAUGACUUUAGUGAUGUUCGCAAACCAUAGCCACACCCCUCGCCUACAGUCAUUUAUUCCACGAAAAACACCUGUCUGCGUAGGAGCAAAUUAUUAUUAUUUAUUUUUUGGAAGCAAUUUGGAAGAAAUACCCGAAUGAUCAUAGUCAAUAAGGGACUGUUGGAUCACCCUUAAUGCUGAGAAAUUACCACCCUCUCCCGAUUCCCUGACUUUCAAACCAACCUUUUGCCUCGGUUCCAUCUCCCCUCCUCCCCCUCUUCUUUCCCUCCCUGUGAGUGAGUCUGUGUGUGAGCGGUCAUGACGACCAACAAGCCCAAGGGGCAGAACUCUCUGGCCCUCCACAAGGUGAUCAUGGUGGGGAGCGGAGGAGUGGGCAAGUCGGCCCUCACCCUACAGUUCAUGUAUGACGAGUUUGUGGAGGACUACGAGCCCACCAAGGCGGACAGCUACAGGAAGAAGGUGGUAUUGGACGGAGAGGAGGUGCAGAUCGACAUCUUGGACACAGCGGGCCAGGAGGACUAUGCCGCCAUCCGAGACAACUACUUCCGCAGCGGCGAAGGCUUCCUCUGCGUCUUCUCCAUCACCGAGGCUGAGUCGUUCGCCGCCACUGCUGACUUCAGAGAACAAAUCCUGCGAGUGAAGGAGGAUGAGAAUGUUCCCUUCCUCCUGGUGGGUAAUAAGUCAGACCUGGAGGAGCGGAGACAGGUGAGCGGCGAGGAGGCCAAGGCCCGGGCCGAGCAGUGGGGCGUCAGCUACGUGGAGACCUCCGCCAAGACCCGUGCAAAUGUUGACAAGGUAUUUUUUGACCUGAUGCGUGAGAUCAGAGCCAGAAAAAUGGAGGAUGGCAAAGAGAAGAACGGAAAGAAGAAGAGGAAGAGCCUGGCCAAGAGAAUCAGAGAGCGGUGCUGUAUUUUAUAGAGGCGUUCUGUCCAUCGGCUUCCUUCCCGAGCCCUCUCCACCUUGCCCAUUCCUCUGGGUCGUGUUCAUUUGGUACCAAAUGGAACAAAAUGGACUGAAACAGGGAGGGACUACCUGGACUUGUCUAAUAACAAUUGCUCAUUUUAGCUUUCUGUUGCAAGAAGUUAAAAUAUCUGUUGCGUUCUGCAAUGAACAUUACCCAGGUUUCCCUCUCAGAAGCCAUGGCCAAGGGAGAGAAAAUCCUGUCUUUUUUAUUUAUUUAUUAGUUGUUGUUUUUUUUAAAGGGGAGUUCACUAAAGGGGAGUUUGUCGUCCAAUUAUAGUAAACACUAAAAUGGUUAAGACUACAACUGAAACCAAAAAAGGAUUUUGAGGCCACAAAAGACAGACUUUACAUAUACUUUCGAUUGUAAUAUUUUAUCCCGAGAACAGUAAUGACCCCUCUUAAAUUAUCGUUCUGAGAGAUAGCCAAUUUAGGAAAACUUAAAAACGAGUGGCUGGCUCUGACAUCUGAGGUAUGCCACUGGUGUCGCAGUCACAAACAAAAGAUGCUAUCGGAACGCUCACGCAAGGUUUGCAGUGUGAUAGUAAAUCACUAUAGGGCGGCAGGGUAGCCUAGUGGUUAGAGCGUUGGACUAGUAACCGAAAGGUUGCAAGUUCGAAUCCCCGAGCUGACAAGGUACAAAUCUGUCGUUCUGCCCCUGAACAGGCAGUUAACCCACUGUUCCUAGGCCGUCAUUGAAAAUAAGAAUUUGUUCUUAACUAACUUGCCUAGUAUGAUAAAAUAAAUAGUCCCUUUUGUAUAACUCAGUUGGUAGAGCGUGGCGCUUAUUACGCCAGUGUAGUGGGUUCUAUUUUUUUCGGGGACCACCCAUACGCACGCAUGACCAAGUCACUUUGGAUAAAAGCGUCCGUUAAAAAAAGGGCACAUUUCUUAUAUCUCAUGGCUCAUUUCAAAUGCUGCUACAUUCAAUGUCACUCCGGGAAGCUCCACUUCACACAGAGUAGACAUGAAACCUAAGGGUGUUUAAUUGAACGGGAUCCCACAGUCAAACUUUAAAACGCUCUUGCACUGGAAUGUCUCUCUGCCAUCUGGUUCGUCUGCUGUGAAAUGUGACACUUGACACUUAUACUAUACAGGCCAUUGGUUGAGGGGAUUGUACUAUACAGGCCAUUGGUUGAGGGGAUUGUACUAUACAGGCCAAUGGUUGAGGGGAUUGUACCAUACAGGCCAAUGGUUGAGGGGAUUGUACCAUACAGGCCAAUGGUUGAGGGGAUUGUACCAUACAGGCCAAUGGUUGAGGGGAUUGUACCAUACAGGCCAAUGGUUGAGGGGAUUGUACUAUACAGGCCAAUGGUUGAGGGGCUUAUACUAUACAGGCCAAUGGUUGAGGGGCUUAUACUAUACAGGCCAUUGGUUGAAGGGCUUAUACUAUACAGGCCAAUGGUUGAGGGGCUUAUACUAUACAGGCCAAUGGUUGAGGGGCUUAUACUAUACAGGCCAUUGGUUGAAGGGCUUAUACUAUACAGGCCAAUGGUUGAGGGGCUUAUACUAUACAGGCCAAUGGUUGAGGGGCUUAUACUAUACAGGCCAUUGGUUGAAGGGCUUAUACUAUACAGGCCAAUGGUUGAGGGGAUUGUACUAAAGAUUACACAAUAGGCUGCUUUCCUGGACAUGUGAAUCCUUAGCCGCUAAAAAUGGUUUUUCAUUUCACACUGAGCCUGCUUUAUUGUCCAGCACUAGGCUUAAUCGGCGUCUGGGAAACCAGGCCGAUAUAGUCGCCUUCAUUUAAGAGGAUAGUCUUUUGGUGACCAUAGUUACAUUAAUAUGCAAAGGAGUAAUGCUUGUAAUCUAAACCAGAGGUUGUUUUUAGAAAAUUGGUAGUGUCUCAUUUUGUGUUUCUGCCUGGCAUCGGAAUCAAGAUUGAAAAUAGAAAGGAGGAAUUUCCAAUGACUCCCUAAUGAAUUAACAGGUGAUAAAAUUAGGCCUGUAAGCACAAAUCGGUGUCCUGGAAAAUGGUUAUGACUGGCUACUUUAGUAGGUUAUCAUUUAAGACACCAGAACAUUCUGUAACUGCCGAGUCCAUAUUCCACUUGUUUAGAUCCUGCUAUAAAAGGUCAGGAGGAAUGUGCAGGCCCUCCAAUAUAACAUAUAAUGGGAAUCAUUCCAUUGAUUGCAGUUUCUAUCCCAUGGAUUAUGGACUUAAAGCUCAACCCCUUAAAAGAUACGUCCAAUUUCAUUUAGAUGGAUCAUCACACACCUUUAUCAGAGUAUUCCAUAACACAUCUAUCCGUGUGUAGAACAUGCAAAUGGAAAAUGUAAUUUAGGUUUCCAUCCCGAGGCACAUCUGUAUCCCUUUAACUAUAGGCAGGGUAGCCUCGUGUUUAGAGCGUUGGACUAGUAACCGGAAGGUUGCAAGUUCAAACCCCCAAGCCGACAAGGCACAAAACUGUCGUCCUGCCCCUGAACAGGCAGUCAACCCACUGUUCCUAGGCCGUCAUUGAAAAUAAGAAUUUGUUCUUAACUGACUUUCCUAGUAAAAUAAAACAUACCUUAUAUCACAGAGGUAGUCUGAUAAAUAACCUUCUGUCGUUUUGUUCUUCCGUAUGGGUUUUUUCUGCCGUUUGUGCACAACCCCCCCCCCCCGAGUUCUGCGAUGACAAAACUGAACGUACUCUGCAGAUGCCUGAAGGCGUUGGGAUUUUCUCACAACCGAAAACCUUGCUGCUAGACAAAUGUCUCGUGCCGUUGAGAGUCAAGCCAAGGCUAUACAGACCAAUAACCCCCGACUGAUUGUUCCAUGUACUCAUUUACAAUAUAUACACACACACACACUUUAGUUAACAGACCCUUUUCAUUUCAAAAUAGGCUACUUUUGAUAUUGAAGACAGUUAAACGGGAAAAUGCAUGAGAAAAAUGGCGUGAACAUCCCUAGUUGAGAAUCUUCCAUGUUAACUGUGCUGCGGUGUCAUAUAGAUGGAAUGUACCAAUGAACCUAAGGAGGGGACGCACUGAAUGGGAAACUAUUGCACCAAUGGCCCAUUAUGCUUAAGGCUCCGUCUUGUUUGAACAUUUGAGAACUGACAACUUUUAAAAUAUAUUUAAAAAAAAAAAAAAUGAAGUUAACAUAGUCGCACACCGCAAAUAAUAUCUUACACCAUCUCCUCCGAUGUAACAAAGGCUCUGGUCCAGUACUUUUCUUUUUUUACCAAGACAAUUAUUGUAACCUGGGUCUCGUUCAUUAGGCACCAAAUGGAAUGAAACUGGGAGGAACUAUGAACUUAUCAAAUUAGAAAAGACUCGUUUCUCGUUAAAAAAACAUUUCCCACUGUGUGCCCUAAUGAACACGCCCCAUGGUAUCCCAUGCUAUUGUUCUAUUUGUAUGAGGCUUGAUAUCUAGGAGCAAUGACGCUAUCAUCAAGUCUGUGCUGCCCGCUGCCCCGAUGCUGGCCGCUGGUAGCAGAGGUCCUUUCAACUCAUAACAUGUGGAAUAGUGUAAAUUGACUGGAAAAUUAAGGAAAGGGGAAAUUAAAUAACUUACAAUGUCAA